AGGAAGGAAAAGAAAACGCGAGUAUCGUCAGUCAGUUUUACAGUAACGUACGUUAGUUCACACAUAACAUCGACGCGUUCAAUAUCACGGUUUACGAUAUAUAAUAACUCUCGAGCCUUAAGUAAAUAUCGUAGUACACGAGGCAUCAAGGGCACGUGAUAAAUUUUUAUUAUUAUUAGAAAAACAAAUAUAAAUAUUAAAAUGACUUCUCUUGUGUACAAAAACUCAAUGAAGGCUAUCGGUAAAUUUGUGCCUGAAAAAUUACAACCUCUGUGGAAUCAUCCAGCUGGUCCGCAGACAAUAUUUUUCUGGGCGCCAGCAUUCAAAUGGGGUCUCGUGAUAGCGGGUCUUGGAGACUUGCAACGACCAGCAGAUAAAAUAUCAUUGAGUCAAUCGGGGGCACUAGGAGUAACCGGAGUUAUAUGGACGCGAUAUUCAUUAGCUAUUACACCAAGGAAUUGGAGUUUAUUUAGCGUUAAUCUUUUUGUGGCUUUCACAGCACUAUAUCAAGUUGCUAGAGCCAUUAAAUAUCAACAAGAACAGAAAUCAAAAUCAAUAGAAGCACCGACGAUUAAACAAUGAUAAAUAUAAAACAAUCAUUCCACUAGAUAAAAUAAAAUAUCGCAAGUUAGCACUGACUGUUUUUAUUUAUACAUUGCUCAAGGAAUAAUUAAACCACGAUAAUAAUAGAUAAAUAAAUAAAUAAACAAGUAUCUUCCGUGACGAAAAAUAUAUAUCGACGAUGAAUGUCAGCAGAUUUAAUGAUAAAUAAUAUAUCAAUGGAAGAUUGAGAUCAUAAAUAAACCAAAGUAAAUUAAUUGCGAUUGUCAAAAAAAACCAGUGAUAAAUUGUGAUACGAGUUAAUGGUGCUCAUAUCAAUUGAUAAGACUACUCUAUAGUCAUUUUAUCACUGCAGAUAAUAUUAAUUACACUUACUUAUAAUUAACUGUAAUAAAGUAUAAAAUAUUACAUAAGACAAAUUUAAAAAGUGUCAAGACUAAAUAAUUAUCGUUAUAAAUAACUCGAACUUUAAGAAAUAAUUAAUAGUAUGUAUGUAGAAGUAUGUAAAAACUGUACGUCUUGAUAUUGUUAAAAAAUUAUAAGUCUUUUAUAUAUAAAAAAAUAAUAAAAUAAUAAUUGAAUUAUUUAUGAAACUAACUGUUGAAAAUAUUUAUCGUCACAUACUUUAAUUUGAGUCAAUUUCUAGUAAAUUUAAUUGUUGAUCAUUUUUAUAGCUAACGUAAUAAACUUAUUGACAAG